AUUCGCACGACUUUAUCAUUCUGUUGCACCACCACGACGUCACUUUGUUUUGCUUUUCUCUACUUACUCUUGCUUUUUGAUCAAAUAACGAACAACACCCUCUGUUGUACUAAUAUCAGCCCCAUCAAUUCAAGAGAACGUAAUCGAAAGACUUGACAACCACCCGAAUAAAUCUCUGUUGUUUUGUAAAUUUUAUCUACACCAUUAAAUUUUUCACUGCCACAACACUUUCACUUGAGAAGCAGUAAAAACAGCAGCAACUACACCUGCUCGCAGUCACAACCCCAGGAAGCAAGCACGAGGAGUUAGCAGGAAAAAAUCUUUUCCGUCAACAUGUAUCCUGAGUAAAAUCGUUCCCACCCCAGAGUUGUCAUGCAGAAUUGCAAGGACAGGAACAUUUGUAAUGCGCAUCCCCCAGAGAGGCAUUUUCAAUCGUGUUCUGGCAUUUGUAGUGCUGCAAACAGGAUAAGGGGAUGGCUUUGUCAUGCAGCUGUCCUUGCUAACCAGCACUACAAUACAGCGAGAAACUUGUCAUGCGUGAUUCCCAAAACUCCAGGAUUUGUGUUGCAGAGAUUCCAACCUAACUAUGGGGUGGGGACGUUUUUCCUCAGGAUAUUAUGCUUCGUGAAAGUCGGCAUGGCACGGCGGAGUUCGUCGCCGUACAUGACAACACGCACACCUCGGAGGAAAGCGGGGAAGACACCGCGAGCGCGAAAAAUCCCACCGCCCGGCUGCUGCUAUCAACUGCAAAACUGUCUGGGUCUGGAAGAUUGUCAAGUUUGUCAUGCAUAUUUUGAAUGACCCAUGAUGUUUGUGAUGCAUGCCCAAGCAUCACAGAUUUUUAGAGGAUUUUGUGAUGCCUCUACCGCAUGAGAAAUGCCCUCUCCGCGUAGCACAAAGCAGACUCCUCUUGCUGGUCAUGCAAUACAGAUUUUUCUAGAGUCCAGAGUUAGCAUCACAAGCUCCAACCCUCCAGACCCAGACGUUUUUGCACUUGAUAGCUGCAGGAUAUCGACGACGGCACCGCCAAGGCCGCCGCCGAUUUACUGCGGAACGGCACGAACUAUGCAUUGCAAAUAUGUCUGGGUCUGGAACAAACUUGUGACGCAAGAAAGGAUCGAGCGACCACUCUGUAAAAAUGCGGUGCCCAGCAUGACAAGUUUUUCCGUGGUUCUGAGUUGCGUACUCCGCAUGAGAAACUGCAUUUUUGCAGGACAGGCGAGAAGAGCUCUUCGUGGCCACGCAAUACAGGUUUAUUUCCGGGUCAUACCAGACUAGCAUGGCAAAUAUCGCAAUCUCCCAGACCCAGAGAUAUUUGCACUUGAUACGCACGGAAUGGGGAUGGUUCCCCUCGUCGCUCCGCCGUUGCUGCCGCCCAACAAAAAACUGGGCGGCGGCGGGAGUACCACCGCCCCCACCGGGGUCGUGGGGAAGGCCUGCGUCUGGAUGCUUUUCGGCACGCUGGUCGUGUUCUUGAUCAUUUUCGCCGGCGUCUCACAGUCGACGGCGUUGCAGAAGCUGGUACCAUAGGCCGGUUUUUAUCCCUAGUUUUUGAUUUACUUCUUGUGGAUCCUGUGAUUUAGCUUUACAUAUACAAUAUCCGAUGGCCCCCGCUUGGCCUAGUGGGGUGCAAUUCUUAUGUCAAUAUCUUCUGUUGGACGAAACAGAAAUAAAUAGAAUUAGUAACUAACUUCAAAAAAUAAACCCAGUUCCCGCCGCUGGCUGAUUUGAUGAAGUUGUACGCUUGGCCACGCUCGACCAAGAAGACGAAUCACGCGAAUUUUUUGGCGCAGCGUGAUGUAUCCAAUGCAAAACUGUCUGGUCGUUCUGGAGAGCUGGAACUUGUGAUGAUGUUUUUGGAUUGCAAAAAAAUCUGUCUUGCCUGAGCAGCACGAGAAGGAUACUUUUUGUAUACGCGGAGGACGGGGCAUUCGCAUUUUUCAUAAUGCGGGAUAGGCAUCAAGAAGCACCGAAAAGAUCCGUGAUGCCAGGGAAUACAUCACAGACGUCGUAUGUCAUGUAAAAUUUGCAUGAGAUAGAAGCUGCAACCUGUCAGACCCUCCAGACAUGUUUGCAACGCAUAGCGUGACACAGCGGACGAUUCUCCGUUAGAUGAAGAGGCGGAGCCCCGCGGCGUGCCCGAAGUGGGUGUGUGGAAGGAAUCUGGCGUGCAGACGGAGAACCGAUGCGCCGGCUGCAAGGACAGUAGCGAUGUAUGCAUUGCAAAUGAUAUAUCUGGGUCUGGAUCAUUAUUUCUGAUGCGAGCAUUGAAGGACAGCAAGAUCUGUGAUGCAUGGAUGCUAGUAUCGUGGCACACUCUUUUGUCGUGCUGGGUACUGCAGUUUGUAAUGCUAAAGAGUAAUAAAGAAUCCGGCGCAAGAAGUUAAGGAAAAUAACUUCCCAUGCUGUUAUGCCGAACAAGCGGCAACGCUGCAAUGCAGGUAUCAGCAGCACAGAUUUCCCGACGUCCAGACAUACUUGCAUUCCAUACGACGACGACGGGGACGACUCCGCGGACGACGAGGCGGCUGGGAACUAUGAAUCUGUCAGGAUUUUUGAAAUCGUCAAAGUUGAGAUGGUUUGUCAUGCAGAAAAUGCAAGGCAUGAAGUGCCUGUCUUGCCGGGAUGGCAAGUGAGGCAGAUUGUGAGCCUAUUUAGGGUUUGGGAUAGAGCUGCUAAAGGAGCAUGACAAAAGGGCUCUUCUGUGCCCAAACAGCAUGACAAAUUGGAUUUCGGUGCUCCGAAAAUUUGUCAUGCGCCGCUUGAAAAUUGGUCUUCCAACUGGUAUCCAUUUUAUGCAUGACAAAUCAUUUCAACUUUGUCGAUAUCAAACCUGACGCUUCCAUAGAAACCCCGACCAGUUGGCGCCCCGCGGCACCGCGCUGCCCGAGGUCGCGGCCGCCGGCGCUGCCACGGGGGGGCAGGGUUCGUUUCUGGACGUCGGCAAAAAGGUGCAAGUGGGCUCGCCGGAGGUCGGCCAGGCUGCAAUCAAAUUCCUUGAGAAUUUACCCCCUGCAAAAGCAUCGUUCCCUGUUGUCGGACUGCGCCUCAUUUUCCUAUCACUUAGCUUACUUAAGUACCGAAUUUACGUUUGUUUGGGAAACGACUCGUGCCGCCGGUAGAAGUCGCUCGAAUGCACAUCGCCGAGGCCCGCUCGGCCGAGCUCACACAAAGGAAAAAAUACAUAACCCCUAUGGCCAGCUGCACUCCAAAUAAUAACUGCACCUUGUGAUAAACCUGGCAUGAAAUCUUUUUGAAAUGCAAUGGAUGCUGGUGCGAUGCUUUAUACACUGCAUAGAACUUUGCCCAGCAACUGCUCGCAAAUGAGCAGCUUCGAGCAAAGGCUGCAAAUGUGGGCGGCAUCCUGAUUGACCGAGCCAUCGAUGCUCUGUUUUAUCCCACGAAAAAACUGCUAUCACUCUGAUGAUUUUGCAAGUUUUGCAGCGCAAGGAGUCUGUUCUACAUGAUAAAGGAAGUUCGCCAUGCGAGCUUCCUAAGGGGAAAGCACGUCUGCAAAUGCAUUAUCUUGCAUGCGUAGCAAGACAAACACGUCUGCGAUGCACGACUUUCUGCAUUAUUAAGAAGCAGUUUUUUCUUGCGAUAUGUUCGGUGACCCGAACAACGGCGUGGAGCCUGACAACCUGGACAACGCUAGCGCGCAGGAAAUUGCCAAUUGGAUUGCAAUAUCAACUGCAAAUAACAUGUCCCGGUCUGGAAAGACGUUUUCAUGCUAUCAGUGAUGGACAGGACGAGGGCGACAUUGACACGCACAUUCGUUCAUCACUCUAACCCCACCGCCACGGUCUGAUAAAUUUUCGAUACGCCCCUGUGUAUUUAUUGACUCCGCAUCACAAGUCGCUACCUUGCAUGACAAAGAAGCCUGGCUUUCGCGCAACAGGUAUGACAGAAUCCACAUAAGUACUUGCAUAGCCGAGCUCUAGUACAAGUCUCCCAAUAUUAUAGUUCCAGACCACCCAGGGGGCAUAUUUGCAAGGCAUCUGCAGCGAACAAGCAGUUCGUGGCCAACCCGCAGAAGGAGGAGGCGGCGGCCGGGAACGACCCAGCUCUGAUCGAGUACAAGAUUGAGAAGGAGUAUCAGAGUGCGCAACAACUCCACCUCCUUAUCCGCCUCGUUUUAUUUCACGGAAAAUGCAAAACCCAGUCUCGGCUUUUUGGCCGUGUUUGUAUGGCAAGCUCUGGAACAAGAAACCCAGACUGAACUACUAGUACAGGACUCAGGAGGACGGCACAGAUUUGUCAUGCAACGACUUCUUUUUGAGUUGUUUUCUACUCCUGCAAGCCCACUUCAAAGGAACAGGAGGGGAACGACGAGUUGUGCACUCGUAUAAGGAACGCCAAAAACUCGGCGGAGACCCGCCGCGGAAGGAGCUGCACGGCGAAGAACGGGUCAAGAAGUUGGAAACAACUCAGCACGAGGAGUCGAAAGGCUUUUUCGAGUCGCUCGGACUCACUGGCGGGAUGGCUGGCGGGAUGGGAGGCGUGGGAGGCCUGGCGGUGUAUGCAUCAAAUAUCGAAGAUCUGGGUCUGGAACACCAAGCUUGCCGUGCUAUAGUUUGUAUUUCUCUUGUGGGGGGUUCACUCCUGCACAGAUCAGUAGGACAAGUUGUGCUGCUGCUACGUUUGUUUCUUGCGGAUCGAUAG